AUGGAACAGUUCGAAUUCCACCCCGCCACCACUUCGUACAACCGCGAAUGGACACCCCUAGAACCGGGCGUUGACGAGCUCGUCCUCAAUCACGACUCUCAAACAGGCCGGCGCACGACGCUGCAACGCUGGCAGCCGGGCGCCCGCAACCAACAGCAUGUGUUUGUCCACGACUAUAUCGAAGAAAUAUUCUUAGUAGAGGGGGAUCUAUACGACCUACAUCUCGAGCAAGGCUGGGAGAAGGGCGCUUAUGCAUACCGGAAGCCCGGGAUGCGGCAUGGCCCGUUUAGAAGCGAGUCUGGAUGUUUGAUGUUUAUCGUUUGCAUCCCGGCAGGCGAAGAUGGAAACGAGACGACGUGA